AUGCUUCAGCGAGAUGAGCGACCUACCAACAAAGAGAUCGCAUCUUUCAUCAAAGAUAUCCAUCUACAAAGGGAAUUUGCGACUAUUGCCCAAGAAGUGAACAACGUUGCUCGAAUGUUUCAAGACAUUCGAAAGGAAUGGGGAGAGAUUACGAAACGAGUGCCUGAAGUAGUUGCAAAGGUGGAAAGAGACCGUAAGAAGGCGGCUCGAAAGAAGACCCUCACCAAGACCUGCGCAAGAACCGUCAAGGCUGUUGGGGCUUGUAGCACGGGUUUGACCGCAGUCGUCGGCACCGCCGCCUUCGUAUCCGCCGCGGCACCUCCGGUUAUUAUUUUGCUGCCGCUUGUCAUUCCUUUGAUCGCGCUAGUCACCGAAGCUCUCGAGAAAGUGUUCGACAAGAAGUCUGCCGAGAGCGCGGCUCACGAGAGGAAAUGCCAGGACGCAAUGGAAACGUUGCACGACGUUGGCAGGGGCCUCGCUCAGUUCACUGAAUUUAUCAAUACAUUCGCAGAUACUUGGGCCGAAAUCGAGGGCCAUAAAACAGGGUUGGGAAAGGCUUGA